UGCGCAGUUGUACGUUUGUUCGCGCCAUGUCGGAGCGUGGCCGCAGCAGCCGCGAUGGCCGCGACAAUCGUGACCGUCGCGAUGGCGGUUGGACUUGGGGCCUUAUAUCCAAGACGGUGUCAGGACGUGGCCGUGGUCGUGGCCGUAGCAGUUCGUCUCACUGGGGCCAUGACAACCGGCACGUGAUGAAAGCAGAUGCCUUGAAACCGCGGCGUGGAAGCUGGGGCAGAGAAACCAGAGAUGCCAAAGGCAAAGGAAAAGGGAAAGGACACAAAGGCCGAGAAUGGCGCCCCAAAACGGUGGUCCGCGUGGAUGCGGAUGCGAUUGGACGCCAUUGCGAAGUACGCGGUGCACAUGGCUCUUCCAUCCAAGCAAUGGUUAUGACCGAGCAAGGCAUUUACACAGCGUCGCAGGACAAAAACUUGAAGCGCUGGAAGCCAAAGCUUUCGAGCACUGGAGUGUUCGAGCUUGAGGCUGAACUGACAGUGCCACUGCCAGAUUCAGGGCAUUCCCUUCUCUUCAGUGGUGGCUGGCUUUUCUGUGGCCUUUGGGAUGGGCAGGUGCAAGCUUUCGCCCAAGAUGGUUCUGUGUCAGUCCUGAAAGGGCACAGCAAGAGAGUUACGACGCUUGCAGUUCACCAGGGUGUUUUGAUGUCGGGCAGUGCCGACAAAGAGGUGCGACUGUGGCAGAUGGACCCCGCGGCGAAGACAUUCAACUGCACCCAUGCGAUUGAGGAGAGCUUGCCGGGGCCUAUCAGCAAGAUUCAUGUUCUUGGAAACCACUUGUUUGUCGGGGGCCUCUAUGGCUUGGCCAUGUUAGACCUCGCCACGCUGAAGGUUACGAAGCUUUUGCCUCCCACGAAAGCUGUAACAGACCUGCUGGAGUUCCAGGGCCACAUCAUUGUGGCUUAUUCAGAGGGAAUGAUCAAAAUUUUCGAUGCGGAGGGCAACCAAAAGUCUGAGAAGUCCUUGGACGCUGGGCCAAUCCUGAGACUGGCUGGCUUGGAAUCAGGGCCACGGGUGCUUUGUGGUCAUGCACGAGGGCAGGUGUGAAAUUUUGGUGAUGAAACCUUGGUGAAUUUGAGUUGACGUUUCUGUUUGCUAGGUGAGCACAAUCACGCUUCCAUCCUUCGAAUUCAAGACUGCAUUCCAGGCCUUACCAGGCGACUUAGUUGCCUUGGCUUUGACUGCUUUCUUUUGAUAUUUAAGACCCAAGUGAGGCCAGAAGAUCGACAGUUUGCUAUGCGCGGGGCACGAUGGGAUAUUUCUCAUCGGGUCUCAGGAUGGCAGCCUGCAGCUAUGGCAAAGAGUUGAAGGGGGUUUACCCCCAGGUUGAGCAUCAGAUGUUUGGACAGACUCGUCUCACACUGAGCUUCACAACUUGGACGUUUGCAGCGUUGGAUCCAAAAGUCCUUCAAGGUUGUUGGGAACAAUUUUUGUUUAUGUGCUGGGGGGGCAGGACGAACAACAAAUUCGUGCGAUACCUUGUUUUGAAUUUGUUUUCCAGAACUCGUGGCCUGAAAACUGUUCAUUCGGCCCA